AAUGAGUCAAUUCCCAGCUGCUUUAAACCCACACCAAGAAGAUAUCUUAAAAAUGUUAGCUUGCCAAACCCAUCUUGGUAGCAACAACGUUUCCAUCGAUAUGGAAUCAUACACCUGGAAGAGAAAGGACAACGGUCACUUCAUCAUCAAUCUUGCCAAAACUUGGGAAAAGAUUCAAUUAGCUGCUCGUGUCAUCGUUGCCAUUGAAAACCCAGCUGAUAUCUCUGUCAUCUCAGCCAAACCAUUAGGUCAAAGAGCCGUCCUCAAAUUCGCCAACUUCAUUGGUGCCACCGCCUUCUCAGGUCGUUUCACCCCAGGUACCUUUACCAAUCAAAUCCAAUCCAAAUUCACUGAACCACGUCUCUUAAUCGUUGCUGAUCCAUUAUUAGAUCGUCAACCAUUAAUUGAAGCUUCAUACGUCAAUAUCCCAACCAUCGCUCUCUGUGAUACCUCAUCAUGUUUAGACGGUGUUGAUAUUGCCAUCCCAUGUAACAACCGUGGUAAAAACUCAAUUGCCCUUAUGUUCUGGUUAUUAGCUCGUGAAGUUUUAUACUUAAGAGGUACCCUCCCACGUAACACCUCAUGGAGUGUUAAAGUUGAUCUUUUCAUCUACAGAGAUACUGAUGAAGAACCAGAAAAAGAAAAAGAAAGAUUAGUCGCUGCCCCAGCCACCACUGAAGUUGUCGAUUUCUCUGCCCCACAACAAAUUGCUGAAUGGUCUGCUGAAUCAAAAUAAAUAAUAAAUUAAAAUAAUAUUGUUUAUAUUU